AACUUCUCGGUGAUAUACUUCGAACCAAACCAAAGGAAGCUCUUGGCAUCGAUUCUGUAAUUGUCAUCGACAAUGUACCACAGGUUGGAGCAGAUCGGUUACCAAAGCUGAAGAACGUCAUCAGGAAAGUUUGUAGCAAGUAUGGAGAGAUCAGCACAGAGCACUAUCCUGAUGCUGAGGAUGGCAAGACAAAAGGGUAUGUUUUCGUCGAAUACAAAUCACCUGAAAACGCCAUCGAAGCUGCCAAGCAAUUGAGUGGGUACAAGCUUGAUAAACAGCAUACGUUUGCUGUUAACUUGAUCACAGAUUUUGACAAGUUUAUGAAUCUACCGGAUGAAUGGACCUCACCCGAGAAGCAGCCAUACAAAGAUCAUGGUAACAUGAGGAGCUGGUUGCUAGAUAAGGAAUGCAACGAUCAAUACAGUGUCAUAUCUGAUGGUGGUGAGACCACUGCUAUCCUGCUCAACAGCAAGACAGAGGCGUCGGUUGUAGAAGAGAGGAAGCGGUGGACGGAGACGUACAUUCGCUGGUCUCCGUUAGGGACGUACCUCGUGACCUUCCAUCAGAAAGGUAUUGCAUUGUGGGGUGGGGAAAACUUCCAGCAGAUCAGAAGGUUUGCCCAUCCCGGUGUCCAGCUCAUUGAUGUAUCACCAUGCGAAAGGUAUAUUGUGACAUUCAGCCCUCUUCAUGAUCCGAGAGACGAGUUUCAAGCAAUCAUCAUCUGGGACAUCAAGACGGGAGCCAAGAAGAGAGGUUUCUCAUGUGAUAAUGCUUCCAAUUGGCCAGUAUUCAAGUGGAGUCAUGAUGGAAAGUUCUUUGCUAGGAUGUCAGAAGACACACUUAGUAUAUAUGAGACUCCUUCAUUUGGACUACUGGAGAAAAAGAGUCUCAAAAUAGUGGGCAUUAGGGAGUUCUGCUGGUCACCUGCGAGUAACAUCCUGAGUUACUGGACUCCGGAAGAGAAAGAGAACCCGGCCCGAGUGACAUUGAUUGCCAUCCCUUCUAGGAAAGAAGUUAGAGUCAAGAAUCUCUUCAACGUGGCUGAUUGUAAGCUACAUUGGCAGAAACAGGGCCAUUACAUGUGCUGCAAGGUCGAUAGGCUCUCCAAGAGCAAGAAGAACCAAUUCACCAACUUCGAGAUCUUCCGAAUGCAAGAGAAGCAGAUUCCGGUGGAUUCGAUAGAAGUGAAGGAAGUCAUUGUGGCGUUUGCAUGGGAGCCAACAGGGAACAAGUUUGCCAUCUUACAUGGGGAAUCCCCUCGAAUCUCGGUUAGCUUCUACAACAUCAAGCCAAAGGGAAAAGUAGAGCUUAUCAAGACUCUGGAAAGGAGAACAGCCAAUAGUAUCUUCUGGUCCCCGGCUGGUCAGUUUGUUGUGCUCGCUGGGCUUAGGAGUAUGAAUGGUGUGUUUGAGUUCAUCGACACUGGCAACGAUACGAUCACCAUGAUGAAUGCUACAGAACACUUCAUGGCAACGGACGUCGAAUGGGAUUCUACUGGUCGCUAUGUCAUCACUGGGGUCAGCUGGUGGAGUCACAAGGUUGACAAUGCAUACUGGGUCUGGAGUUUCCAGGGUAAGCUUCUGCAGAAGUGUGACCGAGAGAGAUUCUGUCAAGCGCUCUGGCGCCCUCGCCCACCUACUCCGCUUAAUGAAGAGAAGAUUAAGGAGAUCAAGAAGAACAUGAAGACGUAUAACAAGAUGUUUGAGCUCCAAGACGCCAAGAGGAAGUCCAAGGCGUCAAAGGAGCUGAUCGAACGUCGCCAGCAACAGAUGAAUGAUUUCCUGGAAGUCUUGGAGAGGUUGAAGAAGAGAUACAAAACUGAGAAGGAGACGAGGAUGCAACUGAGAGGAGGUUUGGACACCGACGAGAUUGAACACGACGAGGAGAAUGACGAGGAGGAGGUAGUCGAAUUCUUUAUUGGAGAAGAGAGUGCUGAAGUCGACGAAUUCGAUCACGAGUAGUCGAGACGAUACCCAACCGCGUUUUGAAUCCUAGGGGAGUCUGUCAUCCCGUGGGAUUGCUGCCUUCCUGUCAGUUUGUGUGCGAGAUCGAAUACGAAGUGUGUCGGGAGACGACACUGAAUCUUAUAGAACCUGAUAUCGUUCGGGUCGAUAUCUCUUAUUACAUUAUCUGAAUUGGUAGUUGGUAUAUUAGAAUUGUCAUUGAAUUUCUGUGUGAAAUUUGUUUGUUGCAUUUAAUCAAAAUAUUGUAAGCCUUCAAGGAUUUUUUUUCGUAUUGCACAAGUUAUAUUUCUCUUUUCAAAGUAAGAUCUUGAAGUUAACCUUAAUCUUUCUUAUAAAUUGCUAAUACUGUAAUACAUAUAUAUUUAAGUAAUACCUCAUAAUUUUUAUAAUAAUUGAGCUGUUAUAAUUACUUUUGAAUUCAAUUUGUAGUAUUUACAAAGGAUACUUUUUGUAUUCGUUACACACGGCUAGUCUUUUCUUUUGAGAGAGAUAUUUAUCUGCCUAGCAGUCAUCGUAAGGCUUGCUGAAAAUCAGGAAGUCUUUUGAAGAAAUUAGGUACACUAUAUUUAUUAACCUACCUAUCGAUUCAUUCCAAUCUUCUGUUAUCUUCUUUUUGUUUUUGUUUAGACCGAGUACGUGGAGCAAGAUGUGUUUGUUUGAUAACAUGUUUGAUUACCCAUGCAAUGUGUUAGAGAUUGUAGGGCCAGCAUGUACUAGUGUCGAUCUAUCUACCCCUUUUCACAAGAACAUUGUUCAUUCAACAGUAGGUGUACAGAACCCCCCUUAUGGUCGAUCGCCAACAUCAUGCCUUCACUGUAUAAGUGCCUGCUCAGUGAGGAAUAAUUUAGCGGACGAGUCUUGUAUUAUCUACUACCUGUGCAAGUCAAAAUCAUGUUCAGAUUCGGCCACUUUUAACGGUACAAAAAAUAUGCAAAGAUCAUGUAAAGUGAACAGAUGUGUGGUGCUCUGGUCUUCAUGUGGGAGCUCCCGUGGGGCAGGAACUGUCGGACUUGAUUCUACCACCGGUAUUGUCGGCUCUCGCCGUCAUGCCAUAGAUGGUGAAUGUGGUGCAAGCUGCAAAGCCGAGUCAUCACAGGAUGUCAAACCAAUGGCUUGUUUAGGAUCAAGAAAUGCCAUCGAAUGCUGCAUGGAGCAGCGGGUGAACUGUACCAGCGUUUUGUGUCAAUCUACCGGCUCAGUCCCUGUACAGUCUAAGACAGAAACUACUUACGACUUCAAUUGCAAUGAUCAGUUAUGCAAAAUACAAUGGAAGCGAUAUGAAUUGCUUCUAUACCAGGUUAUCCUAACUCUUACUGUAAUUUUUAUCUUUUCCAAAUUAGCCCAUGAAUCUUCCAUGAGGUGUUCUAUGAUCGCAUGCUCUUUGAGUAUGGUUUGGUCAACAUCCACGUGGCACUGUGCCACACACUAUGGCAUGUACCCAGACCCAUUUAGGAUAGGAUAAUAAAAUCUUUAGAUUAAAAAAAAAGAGAA